CUUGGCAGAGAGGUUGGGUUAGGGCGCGGUGGUCCCCAGUCACCAAGCGCAUGCGGAGAGAGAAUGGCAGGCGGGGCUGGGCCCGUGUCCCGGCCUCCCUGCGUGACUACCGGCCUAGGUCGUCCCGGGGGAUGAGCGCGCCAGCCCGCGUCCCUGACCAAGCGGCCCGCAACACGCCUGCGGCGGUCUAGUCUGUGAAUCCUGACCAAGGAAGCCGCCACUCCAUCCGCCACCGCGGCGUCGCCAGCAGUCCUGAGAAUGCGUGCGGGCGCGGCCAGACGGGGACCGAAGGCAGCCGGGGCCCCCGCGCGCCGCGCCGCGCCCGCCGCCAGCGCCCCGGGUCUGCGUGCGCGCGUGCGUGAGCGCGAGCCGCCCGGGCCUGCGACCCGCACCGGGGUCGCGGCGGCGGCUCAGCACACCGGGCACCGGCCGGGAGGGAGCGACUGGCGAACGGAUGCGCCGCUCCCCGCCGGGUGGGCGCCGACCACUCCCCGAGCCGCGAGCGCCCGGUGGCCGCAGAGGGUGCCCGGCGCCGCGGCCACAGAGCCAGAGCGGGCGGCGACCAGCCGGGAGCCUCUUUGCGGAGCCCCAUGAUGUCAGCCGGCCCGGACCAGCGACCCAGCGGCGGCAGGGAUGGGGUUGAAGACACCGCGGGAUCACCCGCCGACGGCGGCGACCACCCCUGCCCCGGCUCCCGCGCCCCUUCUCCCGGCAGCCCGGCCGCGGCGCCUCCGCCCCUGACCCAGCCUUCCACAAGCCUGUGGCUGGAGCUCGGGCCCGCCUGCACUCGGGCUCAGCAGUGCCCCAGCGAGUCGAGUGGGCAGACGAGCUGCGACCUGGGCACUAGCAGCAGCAGCAACAGCACAGAGCUGUCGCCGAGCUCGGACUCCGACAGCAGCGGCGUGGUGUGCGGCGGCCGCUGCGGCGGCGGGGGCAUGCGCGGCGCGCUGUCCCGCUCCUGGAGCCUGGAGAGCCUGCGCUCGGCCUCCGCUGUGAUGCCUGAUGGAGCCCUGGACACAGCCACGAGAACUGAGGAGGUGGGCAGCGAGGAAGACCUGUAUGAAGAACUGCGUGGUUCUGGACACCACUACAGCCACCCUGGUGGGGGUGGGGAGCAGCUGGCCAUCAACGAGCUCAUCAGUGAUGGCAGUGCCGUCUGCGCCGAAGCACUCUGGGACCAUGUCACCAUGGAUGACCAGGAACUGGGCUUCAAAGCUGGCGAUGUCAUCGAAGUGAUGGAUGCCACCAACAGAGAGUGGUGGUGGGGCCGUGUGGCAGAAGGCGAGGGCUGGUUUCCAGCCAGCUUUGUGCGGCUGCGAGUUAACCAGGAUGAGCCUGGGGAUGAUGAGGCCCCGCGGGCUGGGAAUGGCAAGAUGGAGGACGGUGGGGCAGAAGCUCAGAGCAGCAAGGACCAGAUGCGGACCAAUGUCAUCAAGGAGAUCCUCAGCACUGAGCGAGACUACAUCAAACACCUGCGGGACAUCUGUGAGGGCUACAUCCGGCAGUGCCGCAGGCGCGCGGACAUGUUCAGCGAGGAGCAGCUGCGCACCAUCUUUGGGAACAUUGAGGAGAUCUACCGCUGCCAGAAGGCGUUUGUGAAGGCUCUGGAGCAGAAGUUCAACAGGGAGCGCCCCCACCUCAGCGAGCUGGGCGCCUGCUUCCUGGAGCACCAAGCAGACUUCCAGAUCUACUCUGAGUACUGCAACAACCACCCAAAUGCCUGUGUGGAGCUUUCCCGACUCACCAAGCUCAGCAAGUAUGUAUACUUCUUCGAGGCCUGCCGACUGCUGCAAAAGAUGAUUGACAUCUCCCUGGAUGGCUUCUUGCUGACCCCAGUGCAGAAGAUCUGCAAGUACCCCCUGCAGCUGGCUGAGCUGCUCAAGUACACACAUCCCCAGCACAGGGAUUUCAAGGAUGUCGAAGCUGCUUUGCAUGCCAUGAAGAACGUGGCCCAACUCAUCAAUGAACGGAAACGGAGACUUGAAAACAUUGACAAGAUUGCUCAGUGGCAGAGCUCCAUAGAAGACUGGGAGGGGGAAGAUCUCUUGGUCAGGAGCUCAGAACUCAUCUACUCGGGGGAGCUAACUCGUGUUACACAGCCUCAAGCUAAAAACCAGCAGAGAAUGUUCUUUCUCUUUGACCACCAGCUCAUCUACUGUAAAAAGGACCUGCUUCGUCGGGAUGUGCUGUAUUACAAGGGCCGGCUGGACAUGGACAGCCUAGACGUGGUGGACGUGGAGGAUGGGAAAGAUCGAGAACUCCAUGUGUCUGUCAAGAACGCUUUCCGGCUGUGCUGCAGCACCUCAGGGGACAGCCAUCUCUUGUGUGCCAAGAAGCCUGAGCAGAAGCAGCACUGGCUUAAAGCCUUUGCCAGGGAGAGGGAACAGGUGCAACUCGACCAGGAGACAGGCUUCUCCAUCACAGAAGUGCAAAGGAAGCAAGCCAUGCUGAACGCCAACAAGCAGCAGACCCCAGGGAAGCCCAAAGCUGUUGGUAGGCCCUGCUACCUGACCCGCCAGAAGCACCCCACACUACCCACCAGGUGGCCCCAGCAGCAGGCCUUGGUGCUGGCAGAGCCCAGGAGGAAGCCAUCUACCUUCUGGCACACCAUCAGCCGGCUGGCACCCUUCCGAAAGUGAACCAACAGUCACUUGACAGCAGCUCUUUGUGGACCUGCCAGCCCACAGCCCUCAGCUUUCCUCCCCAGGCGCACUCCAACUGACCUUCCUCUGCCUGUUUGCAAGGUACAAGUACACAGGGCUGUAACUGGGAGUUAGACAAUGCUACCAGGCACAAUGGUCUUUUGCAUGGCUAGUGCAGUGAGACCAGCUAAAGGAACAAAGCCCUGCACACGCAUGUGCACCUCUCCUGCAGCCUGCACCUGCUCCUCCUCCUGUACGCCUGACCGGACCAUUGUGGGGCCUCUGCUAAUCCUGAGACUGGGAGCCACAGCACAGAACCACCAGCCAGGGCCAAUCCACAGAAAGCUCUGGCUGCCCUGGGAUGCUAUGGAAAUCAAAUCAUCCCCACUCGCAUUUCCUUUGGGCAGACCACCUACUCUAUGGCCAUCAGGCUACCUGCAAAAGCCAGGCUGUGUGUCCUCUGCUGUCUAUUCAGGCCACUGGCCCUGGUGGUGGUGCAAGGCCACUAAACCUCAGAAGACAGGAACCAAGAUUCUGUGCCCAAACAUCUAGCUCAGAGCUGAUCUUUUGCCUCCCAGCCCACCCCUUUAGACACUGCUGGCUGCUGGACAUCCUUUCACUUGUGAUGUGUGUGUAGCAGGAAAUACAAAACUAUUUAGUCAGCCACAUACUCUGGUCCAGGUUUUGUGACUAGUCCACCCAUAGCUGGGGAUUGGCUGCAGAACCACCUGGUUCCUUGUUGUUUGGAUUUUGUCAUCUUUUUUCCUAACAAAGGAGAAAAAUAAUUGUUAGUGACACAGAAAGAUUGCCUUACCCUACGGAGCGUGAGAAGCCAUAAGGACUGAAUCCUGUGGCCCAGCAUCAGGACUGACAUACCUACUCCAGGAAUGGGCUGAAACCUGCAUUCCCCUCAGGGUGCUGGCAGCAUAGCCCAGGCCCGUGUGUCAUUACAGAGCCCAUGGGAUUCAGCAGCGUGGACAGUCACUCUUGCACUCUACCUUCUCCAAGCCAGAAACCACAUUUAAUUUCAUAAAGAAACCUGCAAAAGCCUCGCAGCCAUUGUUUUCUGUUAUCUGUGUGCAAUUUCUCUUCAGUGUAUCCCCCCGUCCUUCCUUUGCCUGUAAGAAUACACCCAGAGGCUCCAGAAGCAAGCUGCUGUCCUUGUGA